AUGAGCUCCUAUUUUGUCAACCCUCUUUUUUCUAAAUACAAAGGCAGCGAGUCACUGGAACCAACUUACUACGACUGCAGGUUUCCACAAAGCGUAGCCCGCAGCCACACGCUGGUUUACGGACCCGGAGCAGCCGCGCCGGGCUUUCAGCACCCGUCCCAUCAUGUGCAGGACUUUUUCCACCACGGGACCACGGGGAUCUCCAACCCCGGAUACCAGCAAAACCCCUGCGCUUUGGCUUGCCACGGAGACGCCACGAAAUUUUAUGGAUACGAAGCCCUUCCGAGGCAAACGCUUUAUGGUACCCAGCAAGACGCAAGCUUAGCGCAAUACCCAGACUGUAAAUCGUCGAGCAGCUCUAACCCCGGAGAAGGACAAGGCCACUUAAAUCAAAACUCCUCUCCCAGUCUUAUGUUUCCUUGGAUGAGACCCCACGGUCAGAAAAAUAUAAUUAUUCCAUUUUCUCUCUGUGUUACUCUGUGGCGCGCUGGCGUGUGCGCGUCAGCGCGUCUCUGCCCUUGGCUGAUAUCAAAGGUGUCCUCAGACGCCGAAUUGCAGGUACAGCUCCCCACAACAGCGCUUUUAAGUCAGCUGUCGCUCAGUGAAGACAUUUUCUCAAACUCUGAGCACACUAAAGAGGGGGUAUUAAUCGGCCAUAGUUCCAAAUAUGACCAUACAACGCUCGCCAUCAGUAUGCAAAGUGACAGGGGGCCGAGGAGGAGGGCAACGAGGACGGUGAAGGGGAAGAGGCAGAGGAGAAAGAAGCGGAAGAGAAAGAAGAGAGCAAGGAGUGAUUUUUAUGGUCCUUUUUAUGGUUAUAUGGCUGAAAAAGAGAGAAAAAAAGAGAGGUCCCAUAAACAGACGGAGAGACAAGGAGGCAGAGAGCGUCAACUUUAUGACCAUCCUUCCAUUUUGUCAAGCGGGAACAGGAAUCCCACAAAUAUUGCUGUCAUAAAUAGACAAAAUUCUCCCUUCCCUCGAUUGUCCUAA